AUGCGUCAUCUGCCCGAAUCGUUCGGCGACCUUUCGUCCCUCACCUCCCUCCGAAUCGACGGCUCCUGGCAAGUGCCUGGUUUCCCACUCCGCAUCGGCGCACUGCAGAACAUUCGACGGCUGGAGCUGCGAAACUUCGACAACGGGUUACCAGACGCGUGCAAAGGAUGGACGAAACUGGAAGAAGUUACGCUGGACUCGUGCCGCAACAUACGCAAUCUUCCACCCUCACGCAUCGAGUUUCUAACGGCUCUCACCAUCCGUCACUGCUUUGAUCUCAAACUUCCCCGAUUCGAUCUUAUCUUCGCGUCGCAUCUGCACCACGUCACCAUCGACUCGUUGGACUCCAACGAGUCGCUCGAGGCGCUAAGCCAUCUGACAUCGCUCGAGCGGCUCGAGGUGGCGUACACAGUCGAUAACGACCCGUUCCCCGUGGGAUUGUUCUCUCUGCCGUCGCUGACCUUCGUGAAGCUGGGUUGCGUCAGGUGGAUGGAGGGACGCAACGUGAUGCCGCUCUGGGACCCGUUCCGUCCAACCCACGUCCUCCUCAGCGAUCAAGCUCGAUCUCCCAGCGCGAUCUACAAGGAAGCCGUAGAAGUCGCCGCCGCUGAGACGAAUACGACGUACCCGCCCCUCGGCAGUGCCCUGCGUCAUCUCGACAUUAGCGUAGACAAGCUGGAGCGCUCGGAACGAAGGUUCAUCUCCGCGGCGAUGUGCUCGUUCGAGUGGUUGACCCACCUCACCAUCUCGAAACUCCAUAGGUCCACACUCCUGCCUAUAGCCCUCGGCCAGUUGCGUAAUCUGCGCUCGCUCUCGCUCUCAGGUCGCUUCGAGUUCGUCCCUCCGUCCCUUUCCCUCCUCGCGUCGUCCCUGCAAUCGCUGACCCUUUUCCCCGUAUCCCCUUCCCUGCUUCCCCCCAUCCUCCGACUUACUCCCCCAAUCCCUUUCCCUGCUUCCCCCCGUCCCCUCCCCUGCCUCCACCCAUCCCCUUCCCUGCUUCCCCCCAUCUCCUUCCCUGCUACCCCCCAUCCCCUUCCCUGCUUCCCCUCUUCCCCUUCCCUGCUUCCCCCCAUCCCCUUCCCUGCUUCCCCCCAUUCCCUUCCUUGCUUUCCCCCAUCCCCUUCCCUGCUUCCCCCCCAACCCCUUCCCUGCUCCCCCCCAACCCCUUCCCUGCUCCCCCCCAACCCCUUCCUUGCUCCCCCUGUUUCACCCUUGCUCCCUCUGUUUCACCCUUGCUCCCUCUGUUUCACCCUUGCUCCGUCUGUUUCACCCUUGCUCCCCCUGUUUCACCCUUGCUCCCCCUGUUUCACCCUUGCUCCCUCUGUUUCACCCUUGCUCCCUCUGUUUCACCCUUGCUCCCUCUGUUUCACCCUUGCUCCCUCUGUUUCACCCUUGCUCCCUUCCCUUCUUCUCUUCUCACUCUCUUCCCCCUUGCUCACUCUCUUCACUUCUGCUCAUUCUGUUCCCCCCUGUUCCUCUCUUCCCCUCUGCUCAAUUUGUCCCCCGCUGCUUCUUCUCUUCCCUUCUGCUCAUUCCGUUUACUGUCUUUCCCCCUUCACUCACCCCCAUACCCCCCAAUGCAGUUACAGGUGCCCAGCACCAGAUGUGGCUUUACCACAGCCUGGUUUAUUGCUUGCAGUGUAG